CGGUGAUCUUCCCUUACCAAUAAUCCCCAAUCCCCCAAUCCCCAAUCCAAAACUUGAGCCUUUUGCCUCUUUCAAUACCUUUGUCGGUACGCUCACACUGUGUAAGCUCCUCGAUGCCCACGCUUCCCCUAAGCAACCCCCUCCUCCUCCUCCUCCCCUUCUGCUCCAAAUCACAGCCCUACACGUACCCUUUACCUCCCUAGAUCCAUCCCCCAUUAACUUGCCGCCCAAGAACUGAACCACAAACCCAAAAGCAAAUGAAACAGAGUGCCCCUUAGUUUCAUUCAACCAACUUGAGUGUAAGGAGAGCAGAGCAGAGCAGUGCAGCAGCAAGUGGGAGACAGGAAAUAACCAUCUCUGCUAAACCGCUUUCACAGGCACUGAUUCAACAGUGACUUCUGUCAAAAAUCUUAUCGUACAAGUUAAAAGCUUCAAUAAACCCACCCGGCCCCCCCUCCCCCUCCUUCUCACGCCAUCGCUCGUCUUCCUCCUCUUCUUCUUCUUCGGCCGCAGCACUGAGAGAGCAGAAGUAGAACCUCCUUGGAUCUUUGUACUAUUUUUUUCUGACCCUUUUGAGUACAUUAAAGAUAGUUACCGAUCUGGGUUUUGUUCUGUUCAAGUUGGAAAGAAGAAAGAAGUUGAGGCAGCGUUAAGGGGUUACCUAGUUUUUUCUCUUGUCGUUAUUCAUUUAGAGAGAGAGAGAGAGAGAGUGUGUGUAUGUGGGGGAAGGGGGAAUAAAGGGGAAAAAAAGAUAGAAACUUCUUUUGCCACCAUUGGAUUCCCUCGGUGUAUAAAUUUGUAUUGGGUUUUCUUUUAGAGUGUUUAAUAAUCUUGAAGAGGAGGAAAUAUAGAAGAAGAAAUGGCUAAUCGAUGGUGGGCUGAAAACAUACCCACCACCACGGACAGCAGCACCAGCAACCCUUAUUCGACUCCAUUAAAGCAAAGCAUAGAAGCUGUCGAUGAAGAGAAUAACUCCGGCAGCCAUGAGAGAGCCGAACCAGGCACCAGCUCCAGCACGCGCCGUCCACGUGGCCGGCCACCGGGAUCCAAAAACAAGCCGAAGCCGCCAGUGGUGGUCACGAAAGAGAGCCCCGAUGCUCUCCGAAGCCACGUUUUAGAAAUCGGCAGCGGCAGCGAUAUCGUCGAAAGCAUCUCAAACUUCGCCCAACGCCGGCAGCGAGGAGUUUCGGUUCUCAGUGGAAAUGGGGUCGUCGCCAAUGUCACUCUCCGGCAUCCGGCAGCCCCUAGCGGCGUUAUUACGCUACAGGGACGAUUCGACAUACUGUCGCUCUCUGGUGCAUUUUUGCCUGCCCCAGCUCCACCGGGAGCUACUGGGUUAACUGUCUACUUGGCUGGCGGGCAGGGGCAAGUUGUUGGUGGCAUUGUUGUCGGUGCCCUCGUUGCAACAGGUCCGGUCAUCGUUAUCGCUGCCACUUUCACAAACGCUACAUUCGAACGGCUGCCACUCGAGGAGGAGGAGGCAGCUGCUGGAGACAAGUCUGGAACAAGCCAGAACAAUUCAACUUCUCAGAGCAUGGGGGAUCAACAGCAGCCUUCAAUGGGCGUUUACAAUAUGGCUUCAAAUUUGGUGCCAAAUGGUCAGGUUUCAUCACAUGAUGUGUUUUGGAGUCCUCCUAGAGCCCCACCUCCAUUUUAAGAGAGAUAUAAUAGAGUGAGAGAGACAACUAGGUGCUAUUUUUGUUUGAACUUUGAGAACUUGAUCAAGUUGAGCUGGUAGGAUUUUGUUUGUUUAUAUUUUGCUUUUCCUUUCUUUUCUUGUUGAAACUCAUUUCUCUUUUGUAAUGUUGUGUUGUGUGGUGGAAUUAAGCAUUAUCAUAUGGGGAUUCUUCUUUCUAA